AUCUUCACGUGCGCUGCGACGGAAUUCGUGGUGCUCUUCAAACUGCUUCCUCUUCAUCAUUUUGUUUAACGUUAUGUUUUUUUUGUUUGUUGUUGUUGUGUUUUGUGCUUUGUUUUUGUUUUUGUUUAAGCCGCGUGCUGCGUGGGUGCUGAAUAUUCGUAAAUUUGAAAAGUUAAAGUGAAAAAAGUUAAAGUUCUGUUGCAAGUUGUUGUAAUGAAUAAGUACAUAUAGUUAAUUGUGUGGUGCUAAAAUUUAUAUAAAUAUAUACACAUAUAUAUGCAUAUAUGUGUGCUAAAGACUGUACGACAAAUCUUUUGGGAGCAACGACAAACAUAUUCCAAGUGGGUGUGUGUGCGUGGCAGCUGCUAACCAAAGUGCAAUUGGAAUCGGCAUUGAGAGCGGAACUGCAAUCGGUAUCGGGAAUCAAGAAAUACAAGUGCCCAACAGCCCCCGUCCGCCCCCUGGAGGGGCAGCUGCGCUGCAGCUGCAGCGGCGCCAGCGACAACUAGAACGGCACAGACGAGCAGCGUCACAGGCAUGACGACGCUGGCAGCGACGUCGACGUCGACAGCGAUGCCAGUGGAUGGCAUUGGCACUGCGAAAAUGUUUUCGGAUGCGGAUGUGGCGGAAGUGCGGCACGUUGUGCAACGCAUUUUGGUGCCGUGCGUUUUUGUUAUUGGACUAUUGGGAAAUUCAGUGAGCAUUUAUGUUUUGACGCGGAAGCGCAUGAGAUGCACUACAAAUAUUUAUCUAUCGGCUCUGGCAAUUACGGAUAUUGCGUACCUGACCUUUGUAUUAAUUUUAUCAUUCAAACACUACGAAUACAUUAAAUAUCAUUGCGAGCUGUAUUGGCGACUAUAUGGCUUUAUAAUGUGGCUAUGCGAUGCAUGUGCGUACAUCUCAAUUUACAUAGCCGUGUGCUUCACCAUCGAGCGAUUUAUAGCUAUACGCUAUCCGCUCAAAAGACAAACAUUCUGCACUGAGUCGCUGGCCAAGAAGGUAAUAGCAGCCGUCGCGCUCUUCUGCCUGUUGACCACGCUCUCGACGGCGUUCGAGCACACAUAUGACAUCAAUUGGAAAUUGAUUGAUGGCGCCUAUAGGCCCUGCAAUCUGACGCUGGCAAAUGUGUCGCCCACACCGGCCCAGCCCACCCAGGCGACCGCAUGGCAUGUAGAUGAGCAUGCGAACAAUGCUGCCACGCCUCGCUAUCUGGAUCCCUUCGAUUUAAGCAGCGGCAGCGGCAGCGGCGCCGGCGAGUCAGACCACAUUCCAAGCAGACAGCACCGGUUACCAGCAUCCACGUCCGCCUCGGUGGGCGUGACAGCCGCAGCCACCGAACCGGCAACGGCGGCGGCCACUGCUAGCUUGCUGCAGUUGUCACGUGCCAGACGCAGCGAGGACAACUUCGACAACGAGGCCAGCUCUAACAACAAUUACAACUACAACAAUAAUAGCGCAUUCGCAUUUAACAUAACGGAAUACUGUCAAAAUAUGACUGUCUAUACAAAUGGGCUAUCGAGUCUGGGCCAAAAUGCGCUGUACUUUAAUAUCUGGAGUGUGUACACUUUAAUUGUAUUUGUGGUGCUGCCGCUCUUUGUACUGGCCACCUUCAACUGCUUUCUCAUUCUGCUUGUGCACCGCUCAAAGAGCCUUCGUGGGGAUCUAACCAACGCCAGCAGCAUCAGGCGUACCAAGCGUAAGUCCAACUCCGGUCUAACGGGCAGCGUAUCGCAGGAGAAUCGGGUGACCAUCACGCUGAUUGCGGUGGUGCUCCUUUUCAUUGUGUGCCAGCUGCCUUGGGCCAUCUAUUUGAUACUGGUGCAGUAUGUGGAAAUUGAAAUGAACAUACAAAGGAUUGCCGGAAACGUGUGCAAUCUUCUGGUUGCCAUCAAUGCGGCUGCUAAUUUUUUCUUAUAUUGUGUCCUCUCCGACAAGUAUCGGAAGACGGUGCGUGAGCUAAUCACGGGCUAUCGGUAUCGCCAUCGGCACGCCCGCAACAACAUCAGUCUCUAUGCGCCACACACGACGACUACGCUCAAUGGGGAUGGAGCCGGCGGCGGUGGUGCGAGCGGCUAUGGUAGUAGCUACAGCGGUGCAAGCAGUCGACGUUGUCGUGGUAAAUCGGCGGUCGCGAGGCGUUUAAUUGCGUGAGUCACGGGUUAAGUGCGGUUCCUGAUCAUCGAUAACUAUUAUUACAUUUUUUUUUUGUCUUAUAGCUAAAUCAUGUCUCAUUUUUACAAUUUGAAAGCUGUACAAUCCUAAAAACUCCGUGUUAGACUAAGCUGAGCAGUGCAUACAUAUUUUAACUUUUUACUAUUUACGACCAUACAUUUGUGCCAUAAUGUGAUGAUUAUAGUUUGUAUGAUAUGUAGUUAUCCUAAUCGUAAUUGUUGUUGUCCUAAGCGUCAUAAAUGUGUACUCUUGAUAAAUACAAUUGAGAUCACUUUCACUAGUUCAUUAAACA